AUGUCAGUGGUGACUGUCCAAUUGGGUCAGUGCGGCAACCAGGUGGGUCUGGAUUUGUUUGACACCCUCUACAAUGACGCUCAGGCGGGCCAGAAGAAAUCAUAUGCUACUGCCAGCUAUGAACGCUUCUUCCACCAAACUAAAGAUGGAGAUCUUGUUGCCAGGGCAGUGCUGAUUGACAUGGAGCCAAAAGUUAUCAAACAGAAUUUUAGUAAAACUGCCAAAUCCGGCGUAUGGAAAUAUGACAGUGCAUCGAGUUUCAGUCAAAGCCAGGGGAGUGGCAACAACUGGGCAAAUGGGUUCUGCAUCCAUGGCCCCCGACACAGAGAAGUGAUGGAAGACCUCAUUAGACGAGAGGUAGAACGCUGUGACAAACUGACUGGAUUCAUGGCCAUGAUGAGUGUGGCAGGUGGGACUGGCUCUGGAGUGGGCACCUACGUCACUCAGUGUUUGCGGGACGUCUACCCCAAAUCUUUCAUUGUCAAUCACCUCAUCUGGCCGUACGAAACUGGCGAGGUGACUGUCCAGGACUACAACUCAGUGCUGACGCUGGGUCACAUCUACCAGCUGUCAGAUGGCAUCCUGGUUCAUGAGAACGAUAUGGUAAACAAGAUCUGCAGUCAGCUGCUUCAUAUAAGCGACAUCUCCAUUGCCGAUUUAAACAAGGUGAUCGCGCAUCAGCUGGGCGCCAUCUUUCAGCCAGUGUUCACUGCUGACUCAGAUGGACACUACAGCAGGAAUUUUCUGGGAGAACUUGUGAGUGCCCUCGCAUGCCACCCUGAGUACAAGCUGCUCAGCAUGAGCACUGUACCUCAGAUGCCGAGUUCUUACAUUCCAUACACCACCUUCGAAUGGCCUUCUCUGAUCAAGCACCUGCGACGGAUGCUCAUCUCCAACACCAGGAUGGAGGAAGGCAAGUUUAACCAGGUGCGUCCAUCGGCAGUCACAGGUAGUACACAGAGUCUGACUGGAUCUAAUCUCAACACCUCCUUGGCCAAUCUGCUCAUACUGAGAGGCAAAGAUGUAUUCACCGCCAACACAGGGGACUUCAGCGAAACAUCACUUUACACCUCAUGGCAAUCACCAAAGGACGCUUUCAACGUGUGGAAAUGUCCUGUCCCGUUCAGGAAGUACGAAAAAAUGGCUAUGCUGGUUAGCAACAGUCAAGCUUUGAUUGAACCAUUGGACAAUACAUUGAGGAAAGCUUGGAGUAUGUUCGCUGCAAGGGCUUAUGUCUAUCAGUACACAAGGUUUGGGAUGUCAGAAGAGGAUUUACUUGAAAGCUUCACAUUUGCAGAGCAAAUAGUGUCCAGCUACAGUCAACUGGGCUGUAAGGGAUAA